AUGCCCAGUCAUGGUGUGCCAAGGUACAAACCAGUUGAGAAGUCCGCCGAGGCACGACAGCAAGAGCUGCAGAAGAUAGAAGAUUACAAGGAUCUCGAGCGUUUGGUGGCUGAGCAUGAGUACACAAUCGAGACCUUGAAGAAGAUCUCGGAGCUGCUGUCUAGCAAUCCAGAAUACUACACAGCCUGGAACUACCGCCGGCAGGUACUGCAGUAUCAAUUCUCCCAAGCAGGAGGCUCGGAUGAUGAGACUGUCCAUUCAAUCACACAGUUAAUCAUGGAUGAUUUACAUUUCCUCAUUCCCCUGUUACGGAGCUUCCCUAAGUGCUAUUGGAUCUGGAACUAUCGUUUAUGGCUGUUGGAUGAGGCUCGCCGUCUACUAUCCCUUCCAGAAGCUCGGAAAAUCUGGCAGCAAGAACUUGCCCUGGUGGGUAAGAUGUUGACUCUCGAUAGCCGGAAUUUCCACGGGUGGGGUUAUCGACGCUUCGUGGUUGAGACCUUGAAGGAACUUGGCACUGCUGAAGAAGCAACAAGUAUGACCCAGAAGGAAUUUGAAUAUGCGACCAAGAUGAUUGGCGCCAAUCUCUCUAACUUCUCCGCGUGGCAUUACCGGACAAAGCUUAUUCAAUCCCUUUUGGAUGAGACAUCUGCCAGCGAUGACGAUCGGAGAAGAAUGUUGGAUGAUGAACUAUCUCUCAUUCAUCAAGCCUUUAUUGAUCCUUAUGAUCAGUCACUUUGGUUCUAUCACCAAAAUUUGAUGAGUGUGUUUGACCCGUCGAUGGCCAAACGGACUAUGGCUCCCAAUUUGAGCUCAUCCGACCGGCUGGAGUACAUUAGAAAUGAGAUUGAAGAGAUCCAGGAGAUGUUGGAUGGGGCCGAAGACUGCAAAUAUAUCUACCAGGCAUUAAUUGAGUGCACCCUUCUUGCAUCAAAGGUGGAAGGCAGCUUGUCUUCCGAGGAUCGGGAACAGAUUCUGAGCUGGCUCUCAGAAUUGAAGAAGCUGGAUCCAUUGCGACGAGAAAGAUGGCUCGAUUUUGAGAAGACUUUGUGA